GAUCAAGCAGGGAUGUUUAAAAUUCCCUGUAUUUCAGUUUUCUGUUAUUUAAAAUGAAUUUGUAGUGUACAUUAUGGCAAUUACUCAAAAAUUUUGUCUAAUUUUAAAAAUUAAAUUAACAUAAUGAUUAUAAAAACUAGUUUUACUGGAAUAUGGAUCACAUCAAGUUUAGUAUUGUGGCUCAACGGAGAAGAGAUGGCCGAGAUGGGGGAAGAAACGGAGGGCCCACCAGAGAACUCUACUCUCAGUAGUAUGGGAGGCUAUGGUGUUUGGCACAGUGCACAAGAUAUACUUAGCAUUUUCAAUGGGGAAGAGUAUCAGAAGUUGCCGGGUAUAAGAGCUGUUGUAUCAACCUAUCAAGAACUCUUGAGUCAACCUUCUUAUGACCCUCAUGAUGACCCACCAAUUGACCUUAGACAUCCCUUCAUUGCUGUUGAGGGGACCCACAGGGAUAGCCGAAUCAUAUUGGGCAAGGAGUUGGCCAAUUAUCUUCGAGCAACUUAUCUGGGUAACCCCCCACGUUCCAUGUUGCCUUUGCGUCGGUUGUUCGACCGCGAAAAGGGAAUGCUACGCAAAGCAUACUUCUCUCUAUGCAUGUAUGUGGGAGCACAUCACGUGAGAGAAACAUGGGUGCGGGAGCCUGUCGUCACUACAGGGUAUUGGCUGGACCAAGCAGCAUUCUCGAUAGCCCAGAGAUUCUCGUUGAUGAAUUUGCCGCCAGAAGGUCAUCCCGUAUACGAGUAUCCUGAGGAUCUCGUCAAGCCUGAUGUGGCUUUUUUUCUCAACAUCCCUUCACUCCGAGGAUCUAAUAAACCUCCAAACCCUUUCAAGCCUAAGUUGGUUGAAGUAUACAGAAGACUACGAGGUGUAAAAAUAGUUGAAAUCAACUCCACCGGCACUUACAGGAAGAUCUUUGAAAUCAUCAAAACGCAUCUCAAAUUUAUGUUCAACAACAAAGAUCCAGUGACAGAAAAAAAUCAACUGGAAUUUUGGGACGGAGAUCAGUAUGGCCAUGACAACGGUUUUGACAUGUAAAUAGGUGAAAAUAAAAAAAUAUUAUUACUGUUUGAAA